AUGUCGAGUUGUUUAAGAAUUUUCUCGCGCUCUCUCAUUCUGCCACGUAGAAUGGCCAGGUAUGCUAACAUGAAACAGGAAGCCUUAAUUCUUUUGGCUACCACUGUAUCCGAGCUAUUGCAAUUGAAGGUUGGAUAUGCUAUGCAGAAAAAACUCUUGGAUGAUACAUACUUCCAUAUAUUUCUUCAGUCAAAAGCCCCGAACAAAUUAUCGGAGCUGCCAUUAAGAACCACAUAUGCCAAAAAUUACGUCUAUGCCGAGCCAAAGCUCGGCUCAGGCCAAAAAGCCCGAGAUAUUUUUUACCUGAGCCACGAGUUUCGAUUUGCUUACAUCCCUAUUCACAAGGGACAGUGGAGCUUCAUUACUUCUCAGUGGAUGGCAAAUUGUAUCUGGCACCAAUUUCUUUGGCUCUACCAGAAGAAAGAAUAG